GAUAACAAAGAAGUCCAAGAACCAUUUACACGUCAGCUUUUUUUUAUUGUUAUUUAUACGUUCAAUAACACAUACUUAAACCAUGUAGUCUGUAAUUCACGUUGGAGACAAGACUUGGUUGAUAUAUGUUAUCUAGGUAAAACUAGCUAGCUGCUAACAAUGGCUGACUGUGUGGGUUUUCACACUCAAAUAGCCUCCAUUAUGGAGGUGCUAGCGAAUACAGCUGUAGCUGAGAUCUGUAAACUCGUAGACGACGACUAUGCAGUGUUUCGUUUAGAAGUAACUCAAAGCCAGAAAGAAAACAGGGUAUUGCGGAGGAAACUACAGCUAUUGGAACUGAAGGUGUCACGGGAGCGCGCAGAGAGGACAAUGCGAGAUCGCGUCCUCACCAGUCGUCCCAGUAGUGUCAAGAUCGUCGACAGAUACAGAGUAAUGGCGAGAGGUACAUUUUGCAGGCCGAUGCCGCACGGCCUGUCGCGGUUCUUCUCAGUGCCUGUCGACCCGUUCGCCUCUGCACAUAUGUUGAGGUUUCACCCAGAUGUGGGUCUUGGGGAAGGAAAUCUCACUGGAGGCCACAGGAGCUUUGUGAAGCCAGCAGGACACAAUACAUGGAGAGAUGACCAACCAAUCACUGUUGAUGAGGGGACUGGAACUUCAACCCAGCACGUUAUCGUGAUAGAAUCUGCAGAUGGAGAGGCUGCAGGUCCUGGAGUCAAGCAGGAGAGGUCUGAAGGAGAGGUGGACCCACGGCACAGCAGAGAGAUCCAGACUGGAGUGGCAGGAGAGCCCUCUGUAGCCACGGAGGUCACCGCCCCAGCACCUCCCAGGACCCAACGCCGCAUCACGGAGGAGGAGGAGGGUCCAGAGGUGCUGCUGGUGAAGGAGGAGGGGUGUGAGGAGGGUCUGGGGAACUCUGAGGGGACCAUGGUCGUAGAGGACAACCAGACUACACCUCUUCCUGAACCCACAGAGCAACCAGCUGAGCAGCACAGGAGCACACACAUUCUCACUGAGUCAGUAGACAUGGAGGAUGGGAAACCUGGUCUACUGCUAGUCAAAAAGGAGACCAUACAAGACAGACCAGACAGCAUUGAUCUGCUUAGUGGACUAAAGAUGGGGGCGCCAAGUGGUUGGCUGGAGGCUAACAGAGGAGACUGGGCGGCCAUCUUUGAUUCCCAUACCCAGACAGGUGCAGCCAAGGGCCUGGGGGAGGAUAUCACUGAGCAGGCCAGGAUUACUGGUGACAUAGUGGAGGUUAGUGGAUGGGACAGCGUCUUCAACUCUGGGCUGGGGAACAACACUGUUAACCACAACCAGAAACAGACAGUCGAACACAGAACAAUGACCGAACAAAGUCUCCAUGACAACAGACUGGCAGAGACCAGGGCAAGGCGUAGAUUUGAUCUACAGGGACGGGGAGGUGUCCAUAUGCAGCGGGAGAGAACAGACACAGAUUUGGCUUGCUAUGCUCCGUCCUGCUCCUAUAGUUGUGAUUCAGAGAGACUGAUGGUGCCUCAGGUUAACCCCCUAACAGUUGCUGCCUUCAGCCUGCCUUCUAUAGGAUCUAUCAACUGGAACAUGGACCCUGCAACAACACAGACACUGCCUGACCUUCGUCCUCCUCUCCUUAUGUUAAACCAGACUUCAGACAAUGUCAGUCCCUCAACAAUAAAUGGCUAUACAAUCCCAUUAACAAAUGACAAUAGUAACACUAUCAGCAGAUCUAAUGGCAAAGAUAAGCGCUUCUCUUGUUCAUUCUGUGGGAAAGCCUUCAGUUUCCCCAAACAGGUGGAGAUCCAUAAGAGGAUGCACACAGGAGAGAAACCAUUUGGCUGUACCCAUUGUCAGAUGCGCUUUGCUGAAGCUUGUCACCUGAAGAGGCACCAGAGGGUCCACACAGGGGAGAAACCUUUCAGCUGCCACCUGUGCCGGGUCAGUUUCUCCCACUCGUCCAGCUUGAAGAGGCACCAAAGGGUCCACACAGGGGAGAAACCAAAUAGCUGCCCCCAGUGUGACAAAAGGUUCUCCCACCAGCACCAUCUGAAGAUGCACUUGAAGGUCCACACGGGAGAGGGGCCAAUCACCUGUACGCAAUGAGUUUCUCAGAGAGGAGCUAUCUCAGGAAAGACCAGCAGAAAAUGCACAUGGCCCAUGUAUAGUAUAACAUGUUAUGUAGUACUAGAUAGUUUGUUUGUUUAGUUAAUUCUGUUGGUUAUGGAUGUAGUAGGGAAAUGGAUGAGGUGAACUGAGGAAAGAAUGAGUAUGAUGAGGCAUGGUUGGUGUGAUGGCGUCUGUAAAAAUGAUUCUUUGAUGAAAGGUGACAACCUUGUCCUGUUAUAAUGCGGAAAUGAUAGUGCCUUAAUUCAUGUUUACUUGACAUGAAGAUGAGCAAUGUAAUGUUGAACCUUUUCCGAAGUAUGCUUUCAAAGCGAGAGUACCAAAUGUACAGGAAGGCAGAGGCUACGAAUAUGGAGUUUUCAUCCCCGCUUAACCCCUCUGGAAAGGUCUUUCUCAAAUCUGAGGAUCCAAAUUACAUUCUGCGCAUGUGUUAUUUACUCAUGUUCACGUUUCUCUAUUUAGUCACCCUCUUCUGGACCCAAAACCAAUUUGAGCGAUAUGAUAAUCUAGCCGGUCUUUGCCUCAUAUGUCUGGACAGCUGCGAUUUGAAUGAACUUUCCAAUUAUGUUUCAAAUCAAAUUUAUUUAUAUAGCCCUUCGUACAUCAGCUGAUAUCUCAAAGUGCUGUACAGAAACCCAGCCUAAAACCCCAAACAGCAAGCAAUGCAGGUGUAGAAGCACGGUG